AUGGUAGAAAAUGAGAAUGAAGAAAUAACAGAUAUUGAAUCAGUUUUUAGUGAUUAUAGUUAUGAUACUGAUACAACUGCAAGUAUUAAUAACAGUGAUAAUGAAGAAUCAGAUGGAAAUAUUCAAAUAAAAAUAAAACGAGCAAUUGAAAAUAGAAUAUUAGAAGAGAAUAAAAAAAAAAGAAAAAUAUUUAAUUUUGAAAAAAAAGGUUACAAAUUAAAAACUAGAAAAUUAGAAAUUUUUAAAAAUAGGAAUAUAAAAAAAAGCAUUGAAAAUAUAGAAAAUUUCAAUAGUAGUAAUAUAAAAAGUCUUAGUAUAGAUGAUAUUUAUAAUAAAAGGGAAAAAUACGAAGAUACAUAUUCAAAAAAAAAAAAAAAAAAAAAAAAAAUUUUUUUAAAAAAUGAAAAUAUAGAAAUUUAUGAAAUUGAAUCUCUUUUUCAAUUUAAUAUUGUAGAAAACAAAUCUACAUCUUCUUUAAAGGAUACACAACUAGUUAAAAUGAGUAAAAAAUUAAAUAAAAAUCAUUUUAAUUUUUUAACUUGUAUUUCGAAUGAUAGAUCUAGUUUAUCGGUUACUUGUAAAACCCUUAAAACAGUAGAAAUAAUACAAAAAAAAAAAACUCCUGUAAUUUUUUUUCAAGGAAUUAUGCAUAAAAUGAUUGAUAUAAUAGAAAAAAAAUUAUCAGACGAUUAUGAAAUAAUUAAAAUAGAAGAUAUUUUUGGAGAAAGAUUAAAUUAUUUUUUUUUGAUAUUAAUAUUAAAAAAAAAUUUCAAAUUAAUUAAAAAAGAAAUAUUUACAUUUUGCGAUUCUAUGGUAGACAAAUAUGCUAUAAAAAUUUUAAUUAACUCUGUAAAUAAUCCAGAUGAAAAUAUUUUGUUAAUUAAUACUUCUCAUUUAGAAUACAAUAUUUCACUUAAUAAAGAAAAAAAAUUUCAAUUUCGACAUUAUUUUAUUGAUAUAUUACAAAAUACGAAAGACAGAAAAAAAAAAAAAAAAAUGAAUACUAUAAUACUAUGUGAUAAUUUUGAUUAUACAAAUGAUGAUAUUAAAAAAAAUGAUUUUCUUUUUAAUAUUUUAGAUAAUUGGGAUACUUUAAAUUUUUCUGAAAAUUUUCAAAAUUCAAGAAAUUGUUUAUUAAAUAAAAACACAUGUAAUAAGUUUUUUUUUUUUAAAUCUAGAAAAAUAUUCCAUAGAAUUUAUCGUAUUAAAAAUAAUUCAAAUAAUUGUUCUAAUUAUAUUCCUUUUAAAAAAAUUGAUUAA